AGUCUAUAAAUUAUAUGUGUCAUUAGAAGAGGAACUGCACACAAGAGGAUAUAACCUUGCACUGCAUGCUAAAAGUGUUGUUGGUGGUUUCAGUGUGUAAAUGAUGCAGUCGUUUCUUGUUGGAUCUUUGCCUAAUGCAUCUUCAUUCACCACCGGUGGAAAUCUCUGGCAGAGUACUAAGCAUGGCGCCAAUAAGAAUAAAUACUAUGAAACCAUUGAGAAGAACGGGAGAAGAUCAAUAGGAAAACAAAACUCCCUUUAUUGUGGAAAUCUCUUGCGGAGUAAGCAUCGCAUGAAUAAGAAUAAUUGCUAUACAAGUUCUUAUGCACCUAAAGCUUCUCAAAACAAAGGAAACCCUCAAGAAGAAUAUAAACUUUUGAGGUUUCAUGAGCCAAGUUUAAACUGUCAAUUUAAAUGCAUUAAAAGAGGGUCUACAUACCAAGAAUACAAUCAAAAAUAUGUUUUGAAAGCAGCUUCUACACAACCUUUCGAGCCAGAACCUCAUCCGUUUGAUUCCAAAAACACUUUGGACUCGGGCAAAAAUAUCUUCGUUGCUUUAUACAAGUUUAUCUCUCCAUAUGCAAUUUUUGUCCGGAUGUUAAGCACGAUUUCUGCAUCUCUCCUCGCAGUGGAGACAUUAUCAGAUAUCUCUCCACUAUUUUUCAUUGGUGUAUUCCAGGUUAUGGUGGCUCACCUAUUUAUGGGUAUUUAUGUUGGUGGCGUGAAUCAAUUAUUUGAUAUUGGAAUAGAUAAGGUAAACAAACCAUAUCUUCCAUUGGCAUCCGGGAAAUUGUCAUUUACAACUGGUGUCAUUAUUGUCACAUGUUGUUUACUUUUGAGCUUUUCGCUUGGCUGGAUGUUCGGUUCUUGGCCAUUGAUUUGGUCUCUACUCUUAAGUUGUGCAGUUUGGACUUCUUAUUCAGCCAACGUGCCCUUAUUGAGAUGGAAGGGACAUCCAGUUUCAGCAGCAUUGUCCAUUGUUGCUACUUAUGCAGUUAUAUUUCCAAUUCCAGAUUUUCUUCAUAUGCAGACUUUUGUGUUCAAGAGGCCACCUGUCUUUCCUAGAUCAUUGACUUUUGUUACAGUAUUCAUGAGUUUAUACUCUAUGGGUAUAGCAUUGUUGAAGGAUAUACCUGAUGUUGAAGGAGAUAAAAAAUUUGGGAUCUAUUCUUUUCCAGCACGUUUUGGUAAAAAACGAGUGUUUUGGAUUUCUGUUUCCCUUUUUGAAUUGGCUUUUGGUAUCGCUCUCAUGGUGGGAGCAACAUCAUCUUACAUGUGGAGUAAAGUUGUCAUGGUUUUGGGAAAUAUUGUUCUUGCUUCAGUUGUCUGGCACCGUGCUAAAAAUGUAAAUUUGGGAAACAAAGCUUCCAUGGCAUCAUUCUACAUGCUCAUAUGGAAGAUAUUAUUCGCAGCGUACAUGCUCAUGCCUUUAGCUAGAUAAGGAAUACAUUUGCAAAGUCAACUUGAGAAUUAGUCAACUUGGUCAUGCCAGCCAUGAGUCUGGACAUUAGUUUUAAAUUUUCAGUGAGUGAAGAAUUAAAUAAUUAUUUUAAGAUUGGUAUUAGUGUGUUGCUAUAAGUGCUAAAUUCAUUGGUUUUUGUACAUGUUAUUAUAAUGAAAUUAAAACUAAGUAACUCUUGCUUAAGCAUUGUUAUUAAUAUUUUAUUUCUGUUAA